AUGAUCUUUGGUUUGGGGCAGAGCACAACUUUGUUGGGUGGCAAGGAUUGGAAUGGAAUCUUCAAAGCAGAUGAUUUACGUAUGCGACCACGUUCAACAAGCGAAUGUAUCACAUCGACGGGAUUAAAAUCAAUACUAAAAAAGCCGACUACAGUUAUCGAAUACAGAGGACGCUUCGUUAAUUAUAGAUCGGUAUCAGAGUGUCAACAUUCGGACGAAAGAGAAGCAAUUGAUGGAUUGAUAAGUGCAGACACGUUAGAAGGCAUUGAUGAGAGUAGUGAGAGUUUAGGUUUGUCCAUAUUUUUCUAG